AUGUAGUAUAGUAAAAAUUAAUAGUAGUAAGAUAUUUCUAUGAUUUUAAAUUCUCAAACUGCAGUUGAUUUGCAAUUGAGACAUUUUAAGGGAGAAGCUUUUAGUGAUAGCGAAAAGCAAACAUUUCUGUCAAUAGUUAAGAUAUUAUCUGUAAUUUUUUUCCUUUUUAGCAUCCCAAUAACAGGACUAUCAGUUUAUUACUUCUCUAUCAUCAAAUCCUACUACUUUAUCUUUGUAAUAGUAGCUGGAGCUUGUAUGAUUUUAUUAGGUAUAGCAGUAUUUGAAUGGGGAAAAACAACUUCUUUGAGAAUAUUUAAAAACCAAAAUAGCAUUCAAAAAUCUUAAUUAGCUUCUAAUAGAUUCUCUUAAUAUGUCUUUAUAUCAAGCAUUACUAUUGCUAUGCUUAACACAAUAAUCAUUCUCUAUCUCUAUAACUGGGUCGUCAUCAAUCAAAGCAUAUACACUGCCUAGUUUGGGCCUUCUUAGUUUUAAAACUUCAAACAAAAUUAUUAGCUUUGUAUGUUGGUGAUAUGGGCACUUGUAGUCAUUAACUAAGUAAUUUUACUUGCUUUCAUUUACUAUGAAUUCAUUAUUACUAUUGGCCUUUAUGAUUUAAGGCUUUUGGCUCACUAUUUUAAUGUCUUUCUCACAGGUUUCUCUCUUACUUGCGUACAUGCAUGCAAAAAGGCAGAAUCUUAUUUUACGCUAUAUGGAAUGAGUGAAUAUGCUAAUAAAAAUGUCCUUAAUAUUGUUUAUAUGAUAAGUUUAGGUUAAUUAGCUAUUUGCAUUUUUAAUUAUAUUGUGAUUGUGAGGAAAAAGAGACAAGAAUAUAUGUGGAUAGGAACAGUUUUAAUAUUUAUAAGCUGUUUCUUGAGUGCAUAUAAUCAUUUAAUUUAUAGAGAUGCAUAGAAUAUUUUGGAAGGAUACAUGAAUACAUGGUAUUAAUAAAUGCCAUAUGUAUCAAAUUAAUAUAUGCAAAAUGAAAUGCAAUGUAAUAAAUAUAUUACAAAAGAUGUAGAAGGUGAAAAUGUUUACUCUCUUCACUGUGAUCUAGACUACCAAACAUUGGUUUGGGAAGAUAAUUACAACUUGAAAGUCGGAGAAAGACUUUAUUAAACAGCUUGCCUUAAUUAAGACUGUAAAGGAGUACUUGCCUAAUCAUACAGUGCCUGGUAUUACAGAAUUAAUCUAUUAUUUUUUUGCUAAAUACUAUCAUAAUUUAUCAUAGCUUCCAUUUUUUACUAAAUUUCAUUAGUAAUGAGUCGUAAAAAGCAUGGAAUGGAUAAUGUAGAUUAUUUCUUUGGAUUUUGCACUAUUUUAGUUAUUGGAUCUGUCCUCACAUAUAUUUUUAACUAUGAUUUUACAGAACCCCCACAACUAAAUGCUGGAAACAUGUUUUUUUCUCAUAACCUUUAUGAUUAACUAAACUGA